AUGGGUAAUGAACCUCCGGUACUCAUUGGACUCUUUAGUAACCGCGUUCCUGAUGACGACAAGACGGGUGCGGAAGCCCUGAGCAAGUUCGGAGGGAGACCGGUGUGGAUUGACGGGAAGGCGCCGGAUGGCUAUCCAUUUGCAUGCGCCAUUUGCGGCGCGGAUCUCGACUUUGUUUGCCAGGUGGCAACUCCCUAUUGCGCAAACAAGCGCUGCUUGUACCUGUUCGGCUGUCAUAAGCAAGCUUCUUGCGGCAAGACAGCGGAGGGUUGGCGAAUUUUGAGAGGCGUGGCAGUGCCCAGCGCCUCAGGAGCAACAGCGUCCGCAUCUGCGCCAGUAGGCGUUCAGUGCCCCUCCAUACGAGAGGCUCAGCAACUGUCUCGAGCAGCAGACCCCUCCGAUUGGCUCGCUGCUGCAUUUGGUGCUCCUACUGUUGACGCGCACUCUUGCGACGUGGCAAGUCAGCGCAGCACCAGUUCACAAGGGCCUAAGCCACGUGUCUCUACGCCUGCGCCCGCACUCGCGGCAGAAUGCAGUGAAACGUGCGGGGAUUCGGACGGAUUGCUGCCACCGUUUUUUGUGCACGUAGACGAAGAACCGCCAGACAACUCUCAGCUGGACGCCACUGGCUUGCGAGCCCGCGAACUACAGCUACAGUACGAGCAGCGGAGUGGAAAUAUGGAAGCAGAGGCGUACGAGGAGAGCCCUGACAAGGUGUUUCUGAAAUUGCAGAAGCGACUGGGCCGUAGCCCUUUGCAGGUCAUUCGGUACAGCUUCGGCGGCAAGCCACUUUUUAUUUCGCCGCUUUCCGAGGGAAAAGAAGCUGCGGGGGGGCCCUGCCCGCAGUGCGGUGCCGAUCGAGUAUUUGAAAUGCAGCUCGUCCCAGCGGCUGCAGAUGAAAUUCUUAAAAGGCGACACCCGACAUGCGCGAGCGUCCCGGUCGAGUGGGGAAUAGUGGCAGUCUUCACGUGCAAAGAAGACUGUAUUCCGUCCAGCACAUAUACCCGCGAGCACGCAGUCGUGCAAGAGAUCUUAUGA